AUGCUGUCCUCCCUGAAGACGCUGCUGCUUCUCUCGGUCGUGUGUACGCCGAGCUCCAGCCUGUGCCUGCGCCUGUACCCGUCCGAGCUGCUGUGUGACGAGGGUCAGAGGGACCGCGAGGAGCCCGACAGCGCUCAGCUCAGCGACUGGAGCUCCAUGCUGCAGUUUGGACAACUACUGUCCUCAUCGUCCUCCUCCUCCUCCAACUCCGCAGAAACCAGCCGGGAAAAACGGACUUCAAGCCCCUCAAACUAUCGCUUCAUCAGCCGGACCAAGCUCAAGGGCCAAAUGCUUCGGAACAGCAGUAAAGGAGACCGCAGGAGCCGGCUUACCCUGUCCCUUGACGUCCCCACCAACAUCAUGAACGUGCUCUUCGACGUGGCCAAAGCCAAGAACUUGCGUGCCAAAGCGGCGGAGAACGCGCGCCUCUUGGCGCACGUGGGGCGGAGAAAGUGA